AGUGCUUGGACAAAAACUGGAAGUCAACGAUGCCUGGAAACUACAUGUGGUUCAAUGACUAAUUUCAUAAUAUUGCAUUGAUCCAACUUGCUGAUUUUUUAAUCUUGUCAAUUGUCAACUCUCUCGCACGUCAAGAUUGAACAGUUUUGCAAUCUUCAACACAAUUAACCCAAAGUUAUUUCCUUGGUAUCCUGCUUAUUUCUUGUUUUACAUGUAAAAGAAUCUUAACAAUCUAUUCAUAAAGUUGAAGCCAUGCUAAACUUGGUCUUAGCCCUUUUUUCAGUAUUUCUCUGUUGUCUUGCCUCUCUUCACCAUGCCUGUGACCAGUUUGAUCAUGAAUCUCUUAUAUCAUUUUCUCUCAACAUCUCAUGUUCCCCACCUUUGAAUUGGUCAUCAUCUAGUGACUGCUGUAAAUGGGAAGGUAUCAGUUGUGAUCCUGAUGGUAAAGUAACCAGUUUAUGGCUGCCUUCAAGAGGUCUAACAGGCAUGUUCUCUCCAUCUAUCUGGAACCUGACACAUCUAUCUCAACUCAACUUAUCCCACAAUCGCUUCUCCGGUUCUGUUGUUGAAUUCUUUUCGCCUUUGCUUGCACUUGAGAUUCUAGAUUUGAGUUACAAUCUUCUCCAUGGUAAAUUGCCUUCCUUCUUCCUAUCCAGGAAUAUUAAAUUGGUAGAUUUAUCCAGUAACCUUUUUUAUGGGGAAAUCCCUUCUAGACUCUUCCAGCAAGCUGAAAACUUGGCAACUUUUAAUAUCAGCAACAAUAGCUUUACAGGCUCUAUUCCUUCCUCCAUCUGCUCCAAUUCCUCUUUCUGGGUCAAGCUCCUGGAUUUCUCCUAUAAUGAUUUUGGUGGCCUAAUACCCAACAGACUUGGUCAGUGUUAUCAACUUCAGGUUUUUCGGGCAGGUUACAACAACCUCUUUGGAUCACUUCCUCAGGAUAUGUUCAAAGCUAUCGGACUUCAAGAAAUCUCUUUACAUUCUAAUGGCCUUUCUGGACCCAUCAGCAAUGACAUCACCAAUCUUACCAACCUCAAAGUUCUUGAGCUCUAUUCUAAUGAAUUGACAGGUUCGAUCCCCCCAGAUAUCGGUAAGCUUUCCAACUUAGAACAAUUGCUGCUACAUGUCAACAACCUGACCGGUUCUCUGCCUGCAUCUCUUGCCAACUGCACCAACCUUGUCACUUUGAAUUUAAGAUUUAACUACUUAGAAGGUGAUCUUGCAGCAUUUAAUUUCUCGAAACUUCUCAAUCUUCGGAUCCUUGACUUGGGCAACAACAACUUUACCGGUAGCUUGCCAGUAACCCUUUACUCAUGCCAGUCAUUAACGGCAGUGAGACUGAGCUUUAACCAAUUUGAGGGACAAAUUUUGCCUGAAAUAAUUGCACUGAAAUCCCUAUCUUUCCUCUCGCUUUCUUAUAACAAUUUAAUCAAUGUCACUGGUGCAAUCAAGAUAUUGAUGAAACUGAAGAAUCUCCAUACCCUCCUCCUCUCAAAGAAUUUUUGGAAUGAACCAGUGCCAAAUGAUGAUGAAAUAUGGCAAUCAGAUGGAUUUCAUAAUCUCCAAAUUUUAGGUUUAGGUGGUUGCCAACUCAGGGGGGAAAUACCAGGUUGGUUAACCGAUCUCCAGAAGCUAGAAGUCUUGGACCUAUCACAAAACAAGAUCAAAGGUUCAAUUCCGAAUUGGUUUGUAACUCUACCAAGCCUUUUCUAUAUAGGCUUGGAUAAUAACCUUAUAUCAGGUGAAUUUCCAAGGGAACUUAACUUACUUCCAGCAUUGGCAAAAGGGGCUAGUUACCAGAUAGACAGGAGCUAUUUAGUGAUGCCAGUCAUUGUCAAAACCAAAAAUACUAAUUAUCUACAGUACCAUAAAGUCUCCUACCUACCACCAGCAAUAUACCUUGGCAACAACAGCAUUAGUGGCAACAUUCCUGUCGAGCUCGGGCAGUUGAAGUUCCUCCAAGAGCUGGAUUUAAGUAACAACAACUUUUCUGGAAACAUUCCUGAAGAACUGUCCAAACUGACCAACCUAGAGAAAUUGGAUCUCUCUGGAAAUCGUUUAACUGGUAAAAUCCCAGAGUCACUGAGAGGUCUGCAUUUCCUGUCUUCUUUCAGCGUUGCAGAAAACAAUCUUCAAGGACUUAUACCUUCAGGAGGACAGUUUGACACCUUUCCUCUAUCCAGCUUUAUAGGCAACCCAGGAUUAUGUGGUUCAACUGUAAAUCAUCCUUGUUCUUAUCAACCAGGAACCACCACCCAUUCUAUUGAUCCAGACAAAUAUUUGAACAGUUCACUUGUCGUUGGACUCAUUGCAGGACUCUCUUUCGGAUUUGUUGUUGGAUCUGCAACUGGGCUACUCUACCCCGUCAGAAGGCUAAAGUUCCUGAAGAAGAUUAAUAUGUUCAUUUAUCCAAAUGGACACAGAAAAUCAUCUGUCUCGCCUUUGUAUGUGCCUCCAUGAUGCCAAGUUCCAUUAUUAGUAUAUAGACCUUAUAUGUAUGCAAGGAACCGAUAACAGCUUAGAAAUGAUGUGUUUUUACUGCUGUUGAUCGCUACCACUUUUUUUUGUUUUCUCUUUAUGUCUAUAUCUUUCUAGGAAAAAUAAUAAAAAUAUCCAUUUUUUUUUA